UGCGGCUCCAACGCUCCAGUUCGUCAAUACGAGUCUCCAGGUUGUCUGUCAGCUUACACAGCUCCUUCACUGCUCCGACGUUCUCCAUAAAGAUACGCUCCUUUGAAAUUAGGGGAAGCAAUCACAGCCGAUAAUGUGAACAGCAAAGGGGAAAGUGGAAUUGGAAAGGAGAGAGCAGUGCAUGAAAUGUCUGGCAAACUGUCAAAGAGAAGAAACUAAUACAGCAUGUGUGCAGCGGAGUCGGAGGAGAGGAGGCAGGUGAGGGAUGUGCGCCAGACUGCUGCUCUGGAAACUUCAAGUGAAUCUGGAGCAUCUCCCUCUGCGGCCCUCCACCCCUCUGCUCUUCCUCCAUUCACCCCAAACAACGCCUCCGUUCUUCCAGCCACACUAUGCAGAUUGUUUCAGAGGACAAGCAAGAAAGAGAAACAGAUAGAGGCUGCGGGGGACAAUGAAACAGCUGGCUAUGUUAAAGCAGUUCAUUUUGGUAUUCUGUAUUUCUUAUCUCAUAUAGCUCUGUAGCUGUACGUGUGUGAAUCAGAGUGCUGCGUACUCGUGCUGUCUUACAUGUUGCGUGGACGUAAACGCUGCUAGUAAAGUCACAUAUGGAGACCCUCCUCUCAUAUUAGUAAGACAUUUUUGGCAUUGAAGUUAAAAUUAAAUGUGGGCUAACCUUUGGGUUACAGCAUGUAAAGUUCAGGGACUAAAUGGAAGUCGUCCUACACACAACGAGAAUUAUAAAUGCUGAAGGAAUCGUCCGAGAAAUAUAAUGUUUGACAAACUGUGUCCUGAUAUAUCAAACUUAUGGACUUUGUGGAGGAGGUUAUGAGUUUCCACCUCAUUACUUAUACGUAGAGUGUACUGUAUUGUGCUGAUGAAAUUGGUGUUUCAUUUAUCACCCAUUAUUUAAAGCUGCACUGACAGAUUUGUUGGCCUCUUGGCUGCAGCUAAACAAGACAAAAUAGAGAAGCCAUUCAAGUUAUUAUCACCUUAAAUCUGCAAAACAAGCAGUUGGCUACCUAAAAAUCCAGCAUAUAUAUAACAAAUGAUAUUUUAUUCACCUGUCAAAACAUAUAUUUACUUUGCAUUUUGCUCUGCUUUGGUGUCCCCAAGCCUUCCCCAGAUCUUUUAGCUGCUAAAUUCUUCACCUGCUUUGUUGGCUGUUAACUAUGUCUAGCGCAUAGAAUUGGACAGAUAACUUUAGUGUGGUUCAUCAAGGCUUUGUGGCUAAAAACAGCUGCCUGCUGCUGCUGCUGCUGCUGCUGCUGCUGGAAACACCAAUAAUUAGAGCGGAGUUUGCAGACCAGAAAAGCACUGAUCCAGACACUUUGUACAGCGGUGAAACAGGCUGCAGAGUUCUGGUGUUAAUCCUCUCUGGGUUCAGCGACCUUUCACAUUCUGCAGACAUGUGCUCCAUGUGAACAUAAAGAUGCAUUGAUUAUAGUUCGGUUUUAAUGUUUGUCUGUAGCCUGUUUUGCUGAUAUAUGUUAUUACAUUAGUUACCUGCUAACUGUGGAUUGUGUCUGAGCAGAGGCAGUCUGGGGUCAGCAGUUUGGUUCACUGGGUGGCAUUUUUUUCAGCACAUCGGUUGCAAACAUAAUUUCACAAUCUCUGUGGAGAUGCAGACCUGUAUGUUGACUAUGUUCCUUUCAAAAGAAAUGAUUUUAAGCUAUCUUGAUGUAGUAUUCUAAUAGAAAAAUAUAAUUAGAUUUGUUAUAUUAUAUGAAUUUACUCUUUAGAUGAGAGUCUUGGGGAGCCUCGUGCAUUAGUUUUAAUAAGAAAUAUCAAAAACCUUUGUUGCAAUGUGUAAAAGCAUAAGAAUAUGAUUUCUGAGGGAAGAUUUCUCUGCAAUUUUUUAUUAGGGUACAUUAAGCAUCCCUUCUAAUGGCUUUAUUCUUACGCCAGUAAUUAAAAUAUCAGUGACGAUAAAAUUCUAAUCUCUCUCAUUGUGAUUUGUCCUGGGCCCAUCAAUUCUAAAUUAAUUUACAACAGUUAAGUGUUUUAAAGGAAGUUUAAGUACAAUUUCUGUAAGCGUUAUCUGACAAUGCAGUUAAAGUCCGAGCAACAACUACAUUAAAAAAAAAAAGUAAUCUUAUGCAUAAGUUACAAGUUUGUAUUGAUCAAAUGAUGCCUGGAUGUUUGGGAAGAUGCCCUUUCACAAGAUUUUACAUUUGGCUUUAGAAAAACAAAGUUGUCUCUAAAUGCAUACGUUUUAUAUUUAUAUUCAAUAUGUAUAAAUAUCUUUUAAAGGAAAUAGAGAUUGUUCUUCCAGGGUCAUCUUUGGCUAACUAUACAUAAUCUUGCACUAUAAUGGAAUGGAUGACCUGUUUUAUAUAAUUUAGCACUAACGUAUGGGUGUUUUUCUUGCCUAAGAAAGGACCUCAGCCAUGUCUCUUCUGCCUAUAUAUGUUUGAGGUGUUCAUCAUUCAUUAUAUUUGAAGUUAAGUGCCUAUUCAGAUGCAUAAACACCUGUUACUUGUACUAACACCUUUAAAAGCUUUACAAAAACUCAUGAAAACGUUUAAAAGCAGAAAGUAGUGCCUUAAACAGAUAUCUGGAACCAGUGAACACUUCAGUUUUAAUGUAGUCCUCUCAGGUUGCAGUUCACCUUCCAUCCAGCAGGUGGAGACUCCUCCAGUUUGUGGUUCCAAGUAAAGACAACAAGUCAAAAUGGCGAUACCAGGACCAGGAAGGUCUGCAGGUGUUCUGUCGUCUGUUCCCCUGCAGAUUCUGCUGAAGCUGACUGCAGUCUACUUUGUGCUCUAUUUUCUCUUCACUCUGGGUUUGAUCAUCAGAAAGAGUGUGGAGCUGUCGUAUCCUGCUGAUGCUGUGCUCUGUGAUGUCGGCCUGCUCUUCCUCCUGGCUGCUCUGGAGCUUCUGCAUUUCUUCUGUGGAGUUAAGGGGAACCUGACGGAGAGCGAGGGUUAUAUUCUGGGUAACCUCAUCGUGACGGGGACGACCAUCCUGCUCACCGUCUACUUCCUGGUGUGGCAGACGUACGUAGUGCGAGCAGACGUCAUCAUCAGCAGCAUCCUCCUCCUCGUCUACGGUUUAGAUGGAAUCCUGGCGUUCAGCACAUUAGCUCGACUCGCAAGUGCCUAUUCAUGAAGAAGUCUUCCCUUUCAUCGUAUUAUUAUCUUAAUGCUGAACUCACACCAUGUCUAUUAUGUUUCCUCAUUUCAAGCAGAAUAGUUUGCACUGUCAAUAUGUAAUGGAAAUAAUGUUUAUUGUUAUUGCAGAAUUUGUAUAGUUAAGAUGUAGAGAUGUUUGUUGUUAGUGGUCAUUUUUUUUUAAACUUAAACAUUCAGAAAAUCUUUGUUAUUAAUGACACCGGUGGUCAGUGAACUGCAGUCAGAAUCCUGUUGAUUGCAGCCUGUAGAAAUGUGCAAGUGAGCAUUGUGGGCAAAACACAGUAUGUGAUGUGACAUGCACAAGACUAGCAUUGCAGCUAACAGUUAUUUUAACUGUUGAUUAAUCCUGAUUAUUGUUGUUUGGUCUAGAUAAAGGAAAAAAAGGUUGAAAAAUGUCGAUCAGUGUUUCCCAAAGCCCACGAUGAUGUCCUCAAAUGUCCUCUUUUAUCCACAGCCCACAGAAACUACAAAAUAAUAAAGUUUUAGAAGCUAGAAUAAAAGAGUUUGCACAUUUUCCCCUUAAAAACUACUAUAAAUGAUCAAAAUAGUUGACAAUUAAUUUAAUAAUUUACAGCUAAUCAUUGCAGUGCUACAUAAGACUAAAUGUGAUUGACCAACUUUUAGUAUAGUUUGGCUAUAAAUGACAUUCAGACUUAGACUGACUUUAUUAAUCCCCAGAGGGAAAUUAAGUUGUUGCAGCAGCACGGAUAUUCAAUAAGGGCGUUAAAAAAAAAUACGACAACAUGGAAUAAUAGGGUAUAAAGUGAAGAUAAAAUAAAAAAAGGAGAUAAAAAUAUAGAAAUAUAAUAUAGAAAAAAUCAACAGAAUAUACAAGAGUGAUACAGAAAUGUGUAAAUGACAUAAGUAGGUGCAGAUCAGUUUACAGAUAUAAUGUGAGACUAUAGACUAUAUUUGACUCACUUUUGCACAACUUUUUCCUCACUUGUUUAAUAUGAAUUAUUUAAUGAAUCGACCACACUGCUGAUGUUGACCCUAGUUUUGCCACAUCUGUCUUGUUCCCUUUUGCCUCAGAAGAUAGGACCUCUUGUCCUUAUGUGGGUAUAUAGAAAUAAGUCAACAUGCUGAUAUAAGCAACUGAGACAGUUGAGGAAGGUCUCGUUGUUCACACAAAAGCAAUAAUAAAGUGAUCAGUACAUGUAAA